CCAUCUCCAGCACAAUAUCUAGUUCCGUUCAGCUAUCUACCCAAAACCAUCAACAUGAAGUGGCUCGCUGCUAUCCUCCCCAUCGUUGCGGCCUUGCCCGCUAACGUUGAUCUUGGUGGUGUUGAGGGUGAAGUUCCCCCUCCUGGAUCGGUCACUAUUCAAGGUGUCACUUAUGGCGGAACUGGCUGCCCUCAAGGCACCUUGAGUGCUCAGCUCUCCGAUGACCGCACCACCGUCACUCUUAUCUUCGACACCUACAUUGCCUCCAUCGGCCCUACUGUUGCUGUUACCGAGAACCGCAAGAACUGCCAGCUCAACGUCAACAUCAAGUACCCCGGUGGCUUCCAAUACUCGGUUCUCAGCGCCGACUACCGUGGCUAUGCUGCUAUUCAGAAGGGCGUUGAAGGCUUACUCAAGUCGACCUACUACUUCUCUGGCCAGACUCAACAGUCUAUCACCGAGUACAGCUUUGUCGGUCCCGUCACCGGCGACUACCUCAAGUCCGACAAGGCCGACAGCACGUCGACCGUCUGGUCCCCAUGCGGUGCCAACGGCCUUCUCAACAUCAACUCUCAGGUCCGCCUCACGGCCAGCAACGCCUCGGCCUCCGGUCUCCUCACUACCGACUCGACCGAUCUCAAGUUCAAACAGAUCGCGGAGCAUAACGGUCCAAAUUUCGAGCUCUUGAAGCGCAACGGAACUAGUGUGCUUGCUUUGAAGAGCUUCCUUCGCCGAAAUAAGUUGAAUGUUUUCAGAGACCUGAAGUGGAGACGGUGUGAGUGAGUGGAUCAGUAAGCCAGUUUCAAAUAAGGCUUUUUCGACAUGGAGGUGUCCAGUAGUACAUAGGUAGUUAGCGAAUGUUGAGUUUGUGCUGAAUUUCUUCUUUUCACAUGAUGUCCAUUGUUUGUGUCUCCUGAAAUGCAAAAGAGAAAAAAAAACUUGAAAAGAAAAACCCCCCUCAUGAUAUGCAAUCGAUACUGUUAACUUGCUGAUAUGAACUAACUAUUCAUAGAUAGCUAUGAAACUAUAGUAGAAGCAGCUGACCUUUAGACAUAACGAAAAGACGCCAACGUCAAAACAUUGGGUCGAAAAACAAUCUCUGAUAUUCAAGCAUCGUCUCAGCUGCACAAACAGCUUGAGUCAAAGCUACAACAAAGUCACAAUAUCUAGUUCCAGACUCAGAUAUGUUUGCCUUCAAUCAAAAUCAGAACCCAACCCAUCAUCAGCCCAUAACUGCAUGGUUCAUGCGAUGUCUGCAUCGAAUUGGGGCCGUAAACACCCCUGGCUCUACGCUCAAACAAACACACAUAGUCCACGGUUUCCGCACCAAUCGGUCCGAUCUCGAUACCUGAACAAACAUACUCAGGUGUCUUGUAAAACAUGGCGCGCAGCAGAUUGCCCUCCUUAUUGCU